UUUCAGCAUAAAAAAAAAAUAUAUACAACAAUGGCAUUUGAAUCUCGAGGUGGAGGACGUGGUGGCCGUGGUGGUAGCCGUGGUGGUCGUGGCGGAUUUGGUGGUGAUCGUGGCGGCCGUGGUGGUGGCCGUGGUGGUGGAAGAGGUGGAUUUGGUGGCCGCGGCGGCGGAAGAGGCGGUGCUCGUGGAGGCGGUGCCAGAGGUGGCCCCCGUGGUGGUGGAAGAGGUGCUGCCCGUGGCGGCCGUGGUGGUGCCAGAGGUGGUGCUAAAGGAGGUGCCAAGGUUAUCAUUGAACCUCACAGACAUGCUGGUAUCUUCGUUGCCCGUGGAAAGGAAGAUCUUUUAGUUACCAAGAACCUUGUUCCCGGUGAAUCUGUUUAUGGUGAAAAGCGUAUCUCUGUUGAUGGACCUGAUGGCACAAAGAUCGAAUACCGUGUAUGGAAUCCCUUCAGAUCUAAGCUUGCUGCUGCCGUCCUUGGUGGUGUUGACCAUGUUCACAUUGCUCCUGGCAAGAAGGUUCUUUAUCUCGGUGCUGCCUCUGGUACUUCCGUUUCCCAUGUUGCUGACAUCGUUGGUCCUGAAGGUGCUGUAUAUGCUGUCGAAUUCUCUCAUAGACCCGGCCGUGAUUUGAUCAAUAUGGCAAAGAAGAGAACUAAUGUUGUUCCUAUCAUCGAAGAUGCUCGUCACCCUCAAAAAUACCGUAUGCUUGUCCCUAUGGUCGAUGUUAUCUUUGCUGAUGUUGCACAGCCUGAUCAAGCCCGUAUUAUCGCAUUGAACGCUCACAACUUUUUGAAGAAUGAUGGACACAUUGUUAUUUCUAUCAAGGCUUCUUGUAUUGAUUCUACAGUCGAUGCUGCCACUGUCUUUGCCCGUGAAGUCAAGAAGCUUCAAGAAGAAAGAAUUAAGCCUCAAGAACAACUUACACUUGAACCUUACGAAAGAGAUCACGCCGUUGUUGUCGGUAAAUACGUUCGCUUCAAGUAAACCAGUGCAGCAUUGUUUUUUCUUUUUAUUACAUGUAUAAUCUUCAUAUAUCUUAACAUUUUUUUAAAAAAAAAAGCUUACAAAAAUAGAUUCUUUUGUGUAAAUAAAUGAAGAAAGAGAGAGAUGGUCUUUGUCUUCAUUACCCUUUUUUUUUCCCCCUUCUCUUUUGUGAUAAUCAACGUAUAAAAUUUGAUUUCCCGC